AUGCUUAGAGAAUCUCAAAAUAGGCAAUAUUUAAUUAAUUUGGCAAAUCAUAAUAAGUGUAUGAGACAAGAUUUAAUUAAACCUGCAGGUCAUUGUUCUGAAUCAGCACUUGAUAAGCAUGCAAAAGAUGUUGCAACAAUGAUUAAAGAAAUAUUUAUUCAAAAUUCUGUGUUUAAAUAUCAUGAAAAAGACUUUAUUUUAUUAAAGUUGUUUGAAUAUACUGUUAACGGCCAGAAUUAUUAUCUUAGCUUUGGAACAGAUAAUAUACAAAAAGAGUGUGAUAUUUUAAAUAUAGUUAAAAUAAUGGAUUCGAAUUAUAUUUCUCGCAAUGCUUAUCGAAGUUUAGCUGCAAUAGAUUAUUACUUACUAUAUAGCUUGAAAAUUGUCAAAGAUGAUGUUGAAGAUGUUGAAGAAGAUAUUGAAGAAGAGCCUGAUAAUAUAGAUUUUAAUAAAGUUUUAAACUCAGUGAAUGUUGAUGGAUAUUAUGAUUGUAAAGGAAUUCUUCGAUAUCUAAUUCCUUAUUUA